AUGGCUUCCAAAUGUGCAGAACUAGUUAUGCUAUUUCUUGUAGCAGCAACAUUUUUUGUAGCCAGCAAUGCCAGCAACAGAAAGUUGACGAAUGGAACAGUAAAAUGGGAUUCUGGCUUCAACUUCACCGCAGGCUGGCCGUGGAACCGCCCUCCCUUCAAUUUCACAUCCGGUUGGCGUCAGAACAUACCUCAGUGUUCUGGCAAAAUCAUAGUUGGCGGAGACCAGAAAUGGCAAUUCGGGUUUAAUUACACAGACUGGGCGAUCAAGACCGGCCCAUUUUACCUCAACGACACUCUAGAUUUCAAGAGAACUGGUAACUUAACACAUGCAUGUUCCUCUGAUGUUCCGCCAGUGUUUCAGUAUGAUCCACCAAGCAAUCACACAUUUCCUCACAGUGUGUACCUGCUACCAGAUUAUCAGAGUUUCAUCAACUGUGACCUGACAAGUGCGACGGAGCUGGCUACAGUGACACAAGGUGGAGCAAAUGGAUAUGAGUUGGUGUUGAAGAAUUGGAAGCCUUACUACCUUGCAUGCGGGGAGCGUAAUGGCUUUCAUUGCAGUGUUGGCCUCAUGAAAUUCUCUGUCAUGCCACUUAUUCGUUAUGGUUACUAA